GACAUAAUAACUUGAUCACUGAAGAAGAAUGAACCUUGCUAAAUGUAGUGAAAACUCUUACAGGUUUUGAUGAUUGCCAGGCUGUGUUCUUGAAAUGAAGAAAGGGUCUCUGCAUCAAAAGUUCUCCAAAACAAACAUGUCACCAUCAUCUCACUCUCCUAGUCCACCAUCUCUUACAUCUAAUAUGAGAUCUAGGUCGCUUUCACCUUUACUUGGAUCUGGGAUUCUGUCUUUGCAUUCUGAAGGACAAUGGUCACAUGAAGAAAUUGAGUGUACAGACAAAAACAGUAUGCUUUUGGACAAAGACCAGAAAGCACCUGAUUCACGUGUAGGAAUCCGAUAUAUUACAGAGGCCCUCAUUAAAAAACUCACUAAACAGGACAAUUUGGCCUUGGUAAAAUCGCUGAACCUUUCACUUUCUAAAGAUGGUGGCAAGAAAUUUAGGUAUAUCGAGAAUUUGGAAAAAUGUGUUAAGCUUGAAGUGCUGAAUCUGAGCUAUAAUCUAAUAGAAAAGAUUGAGAAGGUGGACAAGCUCUUAAAAUUACGAGAACUCAACUUAUCAUAUAACAAAAUCAGCAAAAUUGAAGGCAUAGAAAAUCUGUGUCAUCUGCAAAAGCUAAACCUUGCAGGAAAUGAAAUUGAGCAUAUUCCUAUAUGGCUAGGGAAGAAAUUGAAAUCUUUGCGAAUCCUCAAUCUGAAAGGCAACAAAAUAUCAUCUCUCCAGGAUGUAAGCAGGUUGAAACCACUUCAAGAUUUGACUUCUCUGAUCCUAGUUGAAAAUCCAAUUGUGACCCUUCCUCAUUACCUCCAGUUUAUCAUUUUCCACCUCCGUUCACUGGAAAGUUUGGAAGGUCAGCCAGUAACUACUCAGGAUCGACAGGAGGCUUUUGAGAGAUUCAGUUUAGAAGAGGUAGAAAGACUGGAAAGAGACUUGGAAAAAAAGAUAAUAGAAACCGAAGAGCUUAAGAACAAACAGAAAAGCUUCCUUGAAGAAAUUAAAAAUCAAGAUAAAUUGAACAAAUCAUUAAAAGAGGAGGCCAUGUUACAGAAACAGAGUUGUCAGGAACUGGAAAGUGACCUAAACACAAAAAAUGAAUUGCUAAAACGGAAGAACAUGGAACUAACACGAGCGUGUCAGAAGCAGUAUGAGCUGGAACAGGAACUCGCCUUUUAUAAAAUUGAUGCUAAAUUUGAGCCACUAAAUUAUUAUCCAUCAGAGGAUGCUCAAACUGAUAAUGCCCCUGAUGAGAGCCCUUAUAUUGGCAAAUCCAGAUACAAGAGAAAUAUGUUUGCCACAGAGAGUUACAUUACCAGUAAUGCCCAGGCAGUACAGAUCAAGAAGAUGGAGCCGGAUGAAGGGGAGCAGCUUAAAAAUGAGCAUGUGACCUUGAGAGCCAUUACACCACUGGACGUACAACUGGAAGACAAAGAAAAGAAAAUAAGUGCAGCACAAAUGCGACUGUCAGAACUGCAUGAUGAAAUAGAAAAAGCAGAACAAAAAGUUUUAAGAACUACUGAAGAAUUUAAACAACUAGAAGAAGCUGUACAACGGAAAAAAAUUUCAGAAGCUGAGAAAGACCUUCUUUUCAAGCAGUUAAGUGGUAGAAUACAACUUCUAAAUAAAUUACGCCAGGAAGCUCUGGAUCUAGAAAAGCAAAUGGAAAAGCAAAGGCAAGAAAUUGCUGAAAAGCAUAAGGUGAUCAAGGACCUGCAAAUAGCCACAGAUAGCCUCGAUUCCAGAGACCCAAAGCAUUCCCAUGUGAAGGCUCAGAAACGGGGUAAAGAACAACAGCUUGACAUUAUGAACAAGCAAUACAAACAACUUGAAAGCCGUUUGGAUGAGAUACUUUCUAGAAUUGCUAAGGAGACUGAAGAGAUUAAAGACCUUGAAGAGCAACUUACUGAAGGCCAGAUAGCAGCAAAUGAAGCUCUGAAGAAGGAUUUAGAAGGUGUCCUUAGUGGGUUGCAAGAAUACCUGAGAACCAUCAAAGGCCAAGCAGCUCAGGCCCAGAAUGAAUGCAGGAAGCUACAGGAUGAGAAAGAGACAUUGCUGCAGAGGUUAACUGAAGUUGAACAAGAGAGGAACGAACUAGAAGUAGUUGCCAUGGAUGCAGAAAAUAUGAGGAAGGAGCUUGCAGAGCUAGAAAGCGCCCUCCAGGAACAGCAUGAAGUGAAUGCAUCCUUGCAGCAGACUCAAGGAGAUCUCAGUGCCUAUGAAGCUGAACUAGAGGCACAGCUAAGAUUAAGAGAUGCUGAAGCCAACCAACUCAAGGAAGAACUAGACAAACUCACAAGGCUUACACAGUUAGAGCAAUCAGCACUUCAAGCCGAACUGGAGAAAGAAAGGCAGUCCCUCAAGAAUGCCCUCGGAAAAGCCCAGUUCUCAGAAGAAAAGGAACAGGAAAACAAUGAACUCCACACAAAACUUAAACAGCUACAGGAUGACAAUAACUUGUUAAAACAACAACUGAAAGAUUUCCAGAAUCACCUUAACCAUGUAGUUGAUGGCUUGAUUCAUCCAGAAGAAGUGGCAGCUCGUGUGGAUGAACUAAGGAGAAAGCUGCGGUUAGGAGCUGGGGAAAUGAGAAUCCAUAGCCCUUCAGAUGUCUUAGGAAAAAGUCUUGCUGAUUUACAGAAACAGUUCAGCGAAAUCCUUGCACAGUUCCAGUGGGAAAAAGAGGAAGCACAAGUUAGAGAGAGAAAACUCCAGGAAGAAAUGGCUCUGCAGCAAGAGAAACUGGCAAACGGACAAGAGGAGUUCAGGCAGGCCUGCGAAAGGGCCCUUGAAGCAAGAAUCAAUUUUGAUAAGAAACAACAUGAUGCAAGAAUCCAGCAGUUGGAGAAUGAAAUUCACUAUUUGCAAGAGAGUCUAAAAAGUAUGGAAGAAAUUCAAGGCCUUACAGAUCUCCAGCUUCAGGAAGCUGAUGAGGAGAAGGAGAGAAUCCUAGCCCAACUCCAAGAGUUAGAGAAAAAGAAGAAACAUGAGGAUGCCAGAUCUCAAGAGCAGUUUCUUAGUCUGGAUAAAGAAUUGAAGAAUCUGAAGAAAGCUGUGGCUGCCUCUGAUAAACUAGCUGCCUCUGAGCUCACCAUUGCCAAAGACCAGCUCAAGUCCCUUCACGGAACUGUUAUGAAAAUUAACCAGGAGAGAGCAGAGGAGUUGCAAGAAGCGGAGAGGUUCAGCAGAAAGGCAGCACGAGCAGCCCAGGACCUAACCCAGGCAGAAGCAGAGAUAGAGCUGCUGCAGAAUCUUCUCAGGGAGAGGGAGGAGCAGCUUCAAGUGGAGGUGGAGAAGGCAGAUGCUGGUUCUGGAGGAGCAAACACAAGGGUGCUAGAAAUGGAGAGGCUGAAUGAGAUAAUGGAGAGGCAAAGGGCAGAGAUUGCAAGGCUGCGGGGUUCACUAGACCUCACUGGUGCUGAUAACAAAGGAGGCUUUGAAACUAUUUUAGAAGAAAUUGCUGAACUUCGACGUGAAGUUUCUUUUCAGAAUGAUUACAUCAGCAGGCUAGCAGAUCCUUUCAAAAGACGAGGCUAUUGGUACUUCAUGCCACCACCACCACCAUCAUCAAAAGUUUCCAGCCAUAGUUCCCAGGCCACCAAGGACUCUGGUUUGGGCCUGAAAUACACAGCCUCAACUCCUCUUAGAAAACCAAGGCCUACACAACAUGAGGGGAAAGAUGUCAGCGGACCUCCACCUGCCUCAGGACACUGGGUCUAUUCACCCAUCAGGAGUGGGUUACAUAAAUCAUUUUCUAACAGACAUGCAGACAGUGAAGGAGAUAGCCAGGAAGAGAGUGGGUUGGUUGACCGAGAGGAAUCUCCGUUUGUGCCUCCUCCUGGAUACAUGAUGUACACCGUGUUUCCUGAUGGUUCUCCUGUACCGCAGGGCGUGGCCUUGUAUGCACCGCCUCCUCCCUUACCCAGUGACAGCCGACCUCUCACCCCUGGCACUGUCAUUUAUGGCCCUCCACCUGCUGGAGCGCCCAUCGUGUAUGGGCCUCCACCUCCCAGUUUCUCUGUCCCAUUCAUCCCUGUGGGUGUGCUGCAUUGCAAUGUCCCUGAACACCAUAACCUGGAGAAUGAAGUUUCUCGAUUAGAAGACAUAAUACAACAUUUAAAAUCAAAGCAACAGGAAGAACAGCGGGUGAGAGUAUCCAAGUGCCAGUGUGAAAAAGAAAUGGAAGAAUUGCAUCAUAACAUUGAUAGUCUUUUGCAAGAGAAGCAAGAAUUAGAACAUGAAGUAGAAGAAUUACAUAGAACCAUCCAGAAACAUCAACAGCGCAAGGACUUCCUUGAUGGAGAUGUUGAGAAUCUUAUGACUGAACUAGAAAUAGAAAAAACCCUGAAACACCAUGAAGAUAUUGUAGAUGAAAUUGAGUGUAUAGAAAAGACCCUUCUAAAACGUCGCUCAGAACUCAGGGAAGCUGACCGACUCCUGGCAGAGGCUGAGUGUGAACUUUCAUGCACAAAAAAGAAGACAAAAAAUGCUGUUGAGAAGUUCACUGAUGCCAAGAGAAGUUUAUUGCAAACCCAGGCUGAUGCUGAGGAGUUAGAAAAGAGAGCUCAGGAAACUGCUGUUAACCUUGUGAAAGCCGAUCAGCAGCUGAGAUUGCUCCAGGCUGAUGCAAAGGAUUUGGAGGAGCACAAAGUCAAACAGGAAGAAAUCUUAGAAGAAAUAAACAAAGUUAUAGCAGCAAAAGACACAGACUUCCAGAGUUUAAAUAAGAAGAAGGAAGAACUGAUGGAAGAGCUUCAGAACCUGCAAAGAGAUGUCAAGACAGCAGAAUGCAAGGAGGAUCAUCACCUGCAUGUCCUAAAAGAGUCUGAGACCCUUCUUCAGGCCAAAAGGUCUGAGCUAGAAAAGCUGAAAAGCCAGGUGACCAGUCAUCAGCAGGAGAUGGCUGCCUUGGACAGGCAGCUAGGGCUCAAAAAGGAGGAGCUGCAUCUACUCCAAGAAAGCCUCGUCCAAGCAAAAGCUGACCUUCAGGAAGCUCUGCAAUUGGGAGAAACAGAAGUAGCUGAGAAAUGCAGUCACAUUAGGGAAGUAAAAUCGCUUCUUGAAGAACUGAGUUUUCAGAAAGGAGAACUGAAUGUUCACAUUAGUGAAAAGAAAACUCAGCUUGCACUUAUAAAGCAGGAAAUUGAGAAAGAGGACGAAAAUCUUCAGGUAGUUUUAAGGCAAAUGUCUAAACUUAAAACUGAAUUAAAGAACAUUCUAGACAUGUUGCAACUUGAGAAUAAGGAGCUACAAGGUUUGAAGCUACAACAUGACCAAAAGGUGUCUGAGUUGGAGAAGACUCAAAUUGAAGUGCUUGAGGAGAAACUGGAGUUAGAGAAUUUGCAGCAGACAGCCCAGCAACAGAGAGGGGAAAUAGAAUGGCAGAAGCAGCUGCUAGAGAGACACAAACGGGAAAUAGAGCGAAUGACUGCUGAGAUGCAAGCAUUGCAAUCCUGUGUUGAGUGUUUGAGCAAAGAAAAGGAAGAUCUCCAAGAGAAGUGUGACAGCUGGGAAGAGAAGUUGUCACAGACCAAACGGGUUUUAGCAGCUACAGAAGAAAAUAACAAAAUGGAACAAUCAAACUUAGAAAAGUUGGAAUUGAGUGUCAAGCAGCUGCAGCAGGAGCUAGAACAACUGAACAGAGACAAGCUCUCACUGCGUAACGACAUUUCAACCAUGCAACAGCAGCUACACGAAAAACGAGAAGGAGUAAACUCACUACAGAAGGAACUAGCUAAUGUCCAGGACCAUUUGAAUCUAGCAAAACAGGACCUGCUUCACACCAGCAAGCGCCAGGAUGUACUGCGUAGUGAGCAGAGCAGACUCCAGAAGGACAUCAGUGAAUGGACAGAGAAGGUUGGGGACUGUCAAAAAGAAAUGGAGACAAAACAGCAACAACUUCAAGUGCUUCAGAAUGAAAUUGAAGAAAACAAGCUCAAGCUAGACCAGCAGGAAAUGAAUUUUCAGAGACUCCAGAAAGAGACAGAAAGUGAAGGAAAAAAAUUAGAAGCCAGUAAAGUGACACUGAAGGAGGAGCAGCACCAGCUGGAAAAAGAGUUGCUGGACCAGAAAAGCAAACUGGACCAGGUGCUCACAGAGGUGUCGGUGGCGGAAGAGCGUGUCAGGACUCUGCAGGAAGGGGAGAGAUGGGGUGAGAGCCUGGAGAAGACACUCUCGCAAGCUAAACGGCAGCUUUCAGAGCGGGAGCAGCAAUUAAUGGAAAAGUCAAGUGAGCUGCUGGCUCUCCAGAAAGAGACAGACUCUAUGAGGGCAGACUUCAGCCUCCUGAGGAACCAGUUAUUGACUGAAAGAAAGAAAGCUGAGAAGCAGGUGGCCAGCCUGAAGGACGCACUGAAGAUCCAGCGGAGCCAGCUAGAGAAAACCCUGCUUGAGCAAAAACAGGAAAACAACUGCAUGCAGAAGGAAAUGGCAACAAUCGAACUGGUAGCCCAAGACAACCAUGAGCGGGCCAGGCGCCUGAUGAAGGAGCUCAACCAGAUGCAGCAUGAGUACCUGGAGCUCAAGAAACAGAUGGCAAACCAAAAAGAUCUGGAAAGAAGACAAAUGGAAAUCAGUGAUGCAAUGAGGGCACUUAAGUGUGAGGUUAAAGAUGAAAUCAGAACCAGCCUGAAGAACCUCAAUCAGUUUCUUCCAGAACUACCAGCAGAUCUAGCAGCUGUUUUGGAAAGAAAUGAAAACCUAGAAGAAUUGGAGAGCUUAAAAGAGAACUUCCCAUUUGCAGUGAAUGACAGACCUUUUGAAGAAAAACUGAACUUUUCCCAAGUUCGUAUGAUGGAUGAGCACUGGCGUGGAGAAGCGCUGCGAGAGAAACUGCGGCACCGUGAAGACCGACUCAAGGCCCAACUUCGACACUGUAUGUCCAAGCAAGCAGAAGUAUUAAUCAAAGGAAAGCGGCAGACCGAAGGCACUUUACACAGUUUGAGGAGACAAGUGGAUGCUUUAGGGGAAUUGGUCACCAGCACCUCUCUAGAUUCAGCGUCAUCACCUAGUCUUUCUCAGCUGGAGUCUUCCCUUGGAGAGGACUCUCAACUUGGACCAAGUCAGAGCUCCUUCCACGUACUGCAUGGCGCGCCAGAACCACCAGUCGGUUACUGACACUGAGGCCAUCACCAGCUUCCUGCUCACCGG